AUGGCGGCAAUUCUUUCUUCCCACGAGAAAAGUCCUGAACAUUUGCAGAACUAUCAAAAGUGGAAAGAACUACAUCAGCGAUUACAGAGGGAUAGUACAAUAGAUGCAGAAAUUUUGCGCAAGAUGAAGAAUGAAGAAAAGUAUUGGCAGCAAAUACUAAAGCCCAUUUUUGAUCCAUUAAUGAACGAACAUCUACGGAAGAUAUCAAAUAAAGAGCUUCAUACACACUAUCUUGGCAAAGAUAUACAAAUGGAACUUAUUCAACUGUUAGGAAAUGUUAUUAAGAAAGAAAUCGUACAAACAGCAAAUGCAAUGAAAUAUUUUUUAAUAGUUCUCGAUGGUACUCCUGACUGUAGCCAUGUUGAGCAAAUGACAAUAAUUAUUCGUUUUGUUAAAGUUGAUUCAUUAAAAAAGGAGUUUAGUAUCAAAGAACAUUUGGAACAAAAGGAGUUUAGUAUCAAAGAAGAUUUUUUAGGCUUUGUACCUUUAAAGAAAACAUCUGGAGCCUAUAUGGCAGAAACGAUAAUACAACAACUCGAAGAAAUGGAAAUACCUAUUGAUAAUUUACGUGGCCAAGGCUACGAUAAUGGCGCAAAUAUGAUGGGCAAAAAUAAUGGUGUUCAAAAGAAAAUAUUAAACAUUAAUCCUCGAGCAUUGUUUGUUCCUUGCAGCGCGCAUACUCUUAAUUUGGUUGUCAAUGAUGCUGCAAAUUGUUGUCUAAUGGCUACAAGUGUUUUUGAUAUUGUCCAACGUGUGUAUGUAUAUUUUUUGUCUUCAACACAUCGGUUAGUAGUUUUCACUAGUCAUCAACCUACGUUAACUGUUAAACUUCUAAGUGAAACAAGAUGGGAAAGCAGAAUAGAUGCUAUAAAGCCUUUGCGAUAUGAACUUGGUAAAAUAUAUGAUGCACUGCUAGAAAUAGCUGAUGAUACUUCUCUAACUGGAUCCUCAGGAAGCACUGCACGCAGUGAUGCUAAAGCACUUGCGAAUAGUGUUGCAAAGUUUAAGUUCGUGGUUUCAAUUGUUGUAUGGUACAACAUACUUUUUGAAUACAAUAUAACAAGUAAGCAGCUCCAAGCUAAAGAUUUGGAUAUUCAUGCUGCUGUACAACAGUUCCAACACACACAAGCCUAUUUGGUUGACUGUAGGAGUGACAUUGGUUUUGCAAGAAUGCUAGUGGAUGCUGCUGAAAUUGCUAAGGAUUUGGAGAUACCACCAACCUUAUAG